AAUGGCGACAAUUUUAUUUAUUGCUUCGCUUAUUUUUUUUUCGUUUUUUUCUUUCCUCAUUUUUUUUUUAUUCGCGCAAACUUUCACAUUGUGAAACUUAUUUUCACAAAAUUCCAUAACGUUUAAUAUAUAUUGCGUCUAUAGAUUGGGAGACUGGGAGAAUGUGCAGCUGGGUCUAACCAGUUAGAGUUUUACGAAUGUGUUAAAUUCAUGUGUACGUAAGUGUGCAAUUUUCUGUCGUGUUUUUUUUUUCUUUUUUCGUGACUCAGUCGGGUUUUGCUGGAGCUGCAUUCGAGACGCAAAGAGGGAAUGUGACACUGAGUGAGAUAGUCGAUAGCAGUGAGGGCGAGGGGAAGGGAGGAUAGCCCGAUGGGGGAGGAGGGUGGGGAAGAUAGAUGCAGUGGAGUGGGGAACGAAUGGGUGAGGACCUGGAGGAGGUCGACGGAGAGAAGUGGAGUGAGGUGAGGCUAGUGGAUUCGAAGUGGGGGAGAUACAGUGAGGGGCUUUUGAAAAAAACCGCGAAGCUUUAAGAACCCUAACGUCUACCCCCACCCACGAGAGUGCAACGCCGACUUCCUAGGCAUGACAUAGACGUGGUGCAUCGUUCAGUGAAUCUAGGAUUUAUAAUCAUCUAUUCAUUGGGAUUUCAAAGGCACCAGGUCACGUUGAAUUCAUUUUCAAAAAGACGGAAUAUUUUUUUUAGUGGUGGUUUUUUAUGGACGAAAAUUUUGAGUUUGUUAAGAUGUUUUCAUUGAUUUUUUAAAACAUUUCUGGGGAUUGAUUUAAUUUCUUUAUGGGAUUCUAAUCGUUGCAGGUCUGGAAUUUAUUUAAGAAGUUGAUUUCCUAUUUUUCAUUCUCUUUUUUAACCUGCUCCAUUUUUUUCUAAUUUAUCUUACGGUUGUGGAAUUCAAAUCGAACUUCAUUUCUUCUUCAAUCGCAAAGCGACUUCAUUUAUUUUCCCAUUGGUCCUUUCUCGAUUUUUACCUUCUCUCCUGUUUUUUUUUUCGUUCAAACGGGAUAGACGGGUGUCCCACUUACGAAACAUUUCGUCUUGUCGACUAAAUUUCUUCUCGAUUAUUUUUGGCUUGAAAAAAAAAUAAAUGAGGUAUUGAAAUACUUGUACAGGUAAAUGGUAUGCCGAUAAAAUCUCAAUGAUAGCCUUUUUCCAAUGGGAAUAAUCUUGAAUUUAUGAUGUGCCUCGAGACAGUGAGUGAAACAAAGUGGAAAAAAUAAUUUGUUUGCAAAUCGAAAGUUGAUAAUUGCGAAGAAGAUCGUGAUGGAAUACACAGCUGCAUGUGCCAAUUGGAUUAUAAAUACUCAGAUGAUUCCUGGAUUACCAUGAUUUAUUAAAAAUACAUAAUAAAAAAACUAUGAAAUAUAUGGUGCGACGGAUCAGUUCUGUGCGUGGGGACUAAACAUUUGCCGUUACAUCCGCAGCUCAGAAUAUUUAUUUUGAAAAACUUGAAAAACUGAAUCGCAAUUUAUCGAGUUUUCGGGAAAUAAAAACCAACCGUCCGUGGCACAAUUUAAUAUAGAUAAAAAUUUAGUAGAUCAAUAGUGUCUCAAAUCCACAAGUCGUUCUCACUGCCCUUUGGGAAGUGAAAUCGAAUAAAAAAAAAUUCAGGGGUAAAUUUAUGUGUUUGCAUUGAAGAGCCACUGCGGAAGACCCCCAUGUGAUAAGUGGAUAUUUUAUGAUAUAUAUCUACGUAAAAGACGUCCACGAAUAAUAAAAAAGUGCCGGCAUCAAUGCUCCUACCUCUUUAUGUACCAUCAGUGUCAGACACCGGAAAUUAUAUGAAAAGGAUCCCUCUCACUAGAUCCAAAACAUUUUCACAAUUUACGCUUCAAUAAAACAGAAUGCAUAAAUUUUUCCUUUUGAAAAAUCCUCCUCAGCUUGAAUGGAUGUAAUCUGAUACAAAAAUUAAAAUUAAUAAUUCCCGACACUUCCUCUCCAAAAUGUCGUUACCCAAAAGAACUAAAUAGCCACCAGGGAAUGAAGGGUCUCCCUUUAUAUAGUGACCAUCGAUAUCUCGAUCCAUCAACGUAGAAAUUUAUAGCGCGUGGGUGUGAGGUGCACAAAGUGAGAAAACCUGACGGACUGUUCCUGCUGAAAUACUCGCGUCGCAGUUUAAGCCAGUUCUGCGCAGAGAGAGAGAGAGAGAGAUACAGUGAGUGCAGCGUACAUUGAAUUGCGACAUUAAUCAAUGUCACUAUGGUCUCGAGGACUCCCACUCUCCUCGAUCUUUGGGUGAAUAUAUGGAGUUAGCGUUUCCCCUCACCGAUGCAGCCUUCUGUUGACUUAUGACAAUUGUUAAAUCUGCGAGGCUGAAUGGUGUACCCGACGUAUAAAGGAGAGGAGAAAUCUCGACGGAGAUGAAUGUGAAGGAUUGAAGGUGAGAUAAUGUUGUUGAGAGGUUUGGGAUACGUUGGACACUAAUCCCCUGAUGGCGAGCGACUGCAACGUGAAGUCUUUUCUCCUAUUAUUCGACAGAGUGUGGGCGCGUUCAACGAGAAAAACGAUGUAUGUACAUGUGUGUAAGCUGACCUACAUCACCCUCAUGUGAUAAGAACAGUUUCAAAGACGUGUAAAAUCCGAGUAUCGUUACUCCCGCUUAGAGAUACUUUCUCUCUUUUCACUGCACUUUGAUCCGGGAAAAAUUACUUGCUCGAUAAAUACAUCAUUCAUGUUGCUCAAAGAGAUAAUGAAGAAAGGGGAAUAAUAGGUGGAAGUCUUGAAAUUAUUUUAGUCGUUUAUCCCGGCUGAUCGAUAGAGUCACAGGCUUAAGUAGACAGCUCGUAGAUACGUCAGACGUUAUCGGAGAAGGUUUAUGGAAAGGCUUUUGUGGCCGUAAAUGUCGUGUACAGUUGUCAAUUGUCGGUGGAUUGUUCUAUGAGGUGUGAAAUUAGAUUGCUUUUAUCAAAAAGACAAGGGGGAUAAACCUCGAGUUUGAAGAAAAGGGAAACUCAAUGAAUCUCAAGAACAAAAUUGAAAAUAAAAUGGAUUUAGAACACAAUCCGAUUUAUCUGACAGUUUAAGAUAUUAAUAGUGGGUAUAAUUUUGUAGGAAAACUCACAAUAUUAAUUAACAAUAACAAAGUACAUUUUAUUCUGAAUAAUGGACUAUUGAUUUUACCUGACUCCAAAUACAAUGGCAACGGCGACGAUGAGGGGCACCAGGGUAGCAAGACAUGCCAGUAGCACAGUCUUCAUGUCCGAGAAUGCCGCGAGAAUGCCUGCAAUGUAAAAUAAUUCCAUUAUAUAGGUUGUUGAACGAUAAAAUGUUGACAAUUAACAUAUUUCAUCAACUAAUCCAAAGAAUGCAGGUGAAAUGGAAUUUCACCGGUUUUUUCAGUCACGAGUACGGUUCCCCGGGGGAUUGCGUUAACAAGUAGAAAUAGUAUACGUGUGAGAGGACAAGUACUUGAGCAUUGUACAUGGGUGGUGGGACGUGCAGAGCAGCAGUAAAAAUUGCCGGCACACAGCCGCCCGCUUCCUCUCCGUCAGUGCGUCGAGGAAGGACACAGAAGGCAAGACGAAGGGAGAGGGAUGCACGGCCGGUGGCCUGGAAAAUACUUGCUUGCACAAGCAAAAUCCAAACUCUCAGCGCCACCCAGCAGCCGAUGGAACACGCGCAAAAUCAUAUAUGGUAAACAAAGCCACCGAACGCACGGAGCUUUUCUUGGGGUGAGAAAUGUAUAGACGAUGGGAAAGGGAGUGAACAGGUACAUACGCAAUUGGUAGCGCCUGGGGGUAGGUUCUCAUGGUUCCAUGCAUGAAGGAAGAAAAUAUAUAUCGAGAAAUAUUGAAAAUCAGAUAAAUGCAAUCAACUCUUGGGGGUUGAUGUUUGCUCAGGGGAGACUGCUUCACCCUGAAGUUGAUAAAUAAAAUAUAUUUAAAGUUUUUUGAAGCAGAAAUUAAUUUAUGAAAAUGGAAUUCAUUACCACCGCUGGAGCAACUCUCGGUUAUGAGAAUUUUUUUUCAUCAUAAAUGUGAGGAUAACCUCGGGCUAAGGUUUUAAUAAUCAUAAGUUCGCCGGGUACGUCUACAAGGGAUGAAUGGGGAAACAAAAAUACGUAUGUUAAUUAGAUAAUGUACAUUGCACUGACAUUGCACAUUUAUCACUCUUCGUGAAUACGAAAACGUGUCAUGACAGACGUUGAGUGUACUACUGCAUUGUCAUGUGCGGUUAGAGGGAUUCUCCUCCGCGCUUGUCAACUGUCCCCGUCAGUUUCACUCAAAUCCGCGGCUAAUAUCACUCGGCAUGGCGGGCACGCAACAGCCCACGUCUCGGAAAAUCGAAAUUAUACACGUGUAGACUUCAAGUGACUCGGAGAAUGAAUAUCGUGAAAAUCCAUUGAAAAUGUCACACUAUUUCCGUGACAAUCGUUAUAGAAAAUAUGGACGAGUGGUCGGACGAUGAUUUGUGUAGGAUCACCGAGUUAUUCGGGAAGUACCCGAAUUUGUGGGACCGCAAGCACGAGGAUUAUCACAAUCUCCAAAAGAGAUAUCACAGCUAUUGUCAAAUCCUCGAGGGCCUUUGCAUGCCGAACGUGUCGGUCAGAGAUGUACUAUCAAUACUGCGGGAGCUUCGGUGCGCUUAUGUGUCGAGUCUACGAGUGAUGCUGGUAGACCCUUAUGGGAAGAAUGAACAACUCCGUGGUAGUAAUGGGGGUUGCCCGGAUCGACCAGUGGGCAAAUGGUUUUGGGUCAUGCACGGAUUUCUCUACGAUCAUUUGGACGCCGACGAGAGGCUCACUGAAUAUCCGGAUCCAAAUAUAAAUCCAUCAACUCACCCCAAUCCUCCCUCGUCUACCUGCCCCUGUGAACCCGUUGAUAUUGAACCGAAAAAAGGUGGUACAUGGAGUAAAGAUGACCUUAGGCAAGUACAUCAAGAACGAGUGACAUUGGAUGAGAAAAAGUGGGAUAAAGUGGACGAGGAAAAUGAAGUUGCCCAGGGCAAUGGAGAAUUUUCAGUCACCUCAGCUUCCCACAAGGGUGAAAUACUCUUCAUUCGUGCCCCCCGGGAACUUCCAAGCAUCAGAAUGAAUACAGUGUAUGAGUUCCCAGAUAGGCGAAUAGGUGUACCGUCGAAAAUGUUAUCCGAAGACGAGGAUCAAUACAAUACGUGUAAUGGAAAUGUUGAGGACAAACGGGGGAUGGGGGAUGAAAAUAUCAAUAGGAGAAAAUGCUGUUGGAAGGAUAGGGGAGCUUGUCUGAUUGCUGAAACCCAGGGGAUGGGGAAAAAAUAAUCCUAAUUUCAAAAUAAAAGGCGCUUAGAAAAGGGUGUUUUUUCACCCUCUGAAGUAGAUCCACCACGUAAAAAUGGCGGAUGCAAUCGGAAAGGUCGAAUCUGGUUCGGAAUAAAUGAAUCAUUCUGUCAGUGUAGAUAUUUCCAUUUGCAAGGACGGCUGACAUCCACUGAAAUUAUCUACUGCAUAAAAUCGGCGAGGACAUAACUAUCCCCUGGAGUCAAUAUCCUGCGUUCUCACACCAUUUCGAGGGACAUCCACACGAUGGAUUUACCACUCUGACUCAGUGAUUCGAGAACAGCCCUGGGAAUGACGAAGGGAAUCGAGUCAGAAUGCAAUCGGACGUGCGUUGUGAAGGCAGCUUGUUCCAUCCUCUGGAGUCUGUAUGACGGAGAUGAGACGCCUGAGAGAGUAUGAUUGUACUUUGUCUUGAGGCUUUAUCGGUGAGACAGACCAUACCAUAGAUAUUUCUCAAGAAGUACUCGUACUUGAGCCAUCCUCGGACUGUGGGGGGGUUGGAUGCCUAGAAGACAGUGGGAUUUGUCACAAUCUCAGUCCGCCGCCGACGGUGAGAGACAGCGGUACUUCCUGGAUGCCAGCAGUUUUCCACUUGAAACGAUUCAUUGCCCCCCGGCAAGAGUGAAAUACAAUUGUUCCCAUUGUACAAUGUAUACAUCGAAAAAGGGUGCCUGGGGCGCUGAGGUCUGGACAGCUGGUUCUUCGCAGACGUCGAGACGCUUCUCUUGAUACCCUUUGAACUGCAUCCAACAUUGCUAUUCGUUCCUCGCGGGGUAAUACUGCUGCAGCCUCCUGGAGUAUCUGCUCGAGGACAAAAGGGACUUGAGUACAUCACACUAAAUGAACAACAUCGACGGAUUUAUCAAUUAAGACAACAUUUCAUUUACCGAAGUACAACCAUCUGAGGAGUACCCUCGCCAGCACGACGUCACUAUCAAGAUCCAUAUAAGCUGUAUCACGGUCCCUCCGGACGAGGUCGAUGAGAAUAUCCGUGGAACGUUCGAAGUGACUUGGACUACUGUGCUCAUGCACUCCUCGUCCACGAUCUUUUUUACGCUUCUUGCGAUCAGUUAUUGCAUAAAUUUGAUCUCUGGCUUGUUUCAGGAUUAAUAUUAAUAAGUAGAUCAAAUUCUCUAGGGAAUUUGAUUGUGUAUCGUGAGCUAGACUGUAGUUGAAGUAGCUGCAAUUAUUGUAAUGAUGCUGCAAAGAGAUAAAUCAUUUUUCAUUUGAUUA